AAUUUCACAAAGAUGUUUUGCAGUACUGUAUAUAGAUUUGUAGCUGUGGCAACUCUUUACAGUAAAGAAAGAAAUUGGUCUUUUAAAAGUUGUAGAAAGGCUGGAAUAAGCAACAACAACUGAUCCUGCUUUUUUUUCGAAGUAUGUCCGAUAAAGAAGAAGACGCAAAUGAAGAUGGGGACGUAAAUGAAAGCUCUCUAAAAGAGAUUGAAAAUGGCAGUAUGCAAUCUAUUAAAGAACAUGAUACAACUGGAAGUUCUUCAGAUCAAGUGCCAGAAGAAAAUCAGCAUGAAGCCACUGAUGCUAAUGAAAGUGAAACUAUCCCACAAACAUUGGAAAUGUCAGAAAUAUCUUCCAGCAGUUUGCCCAAGGAAAAGGCAAGUGAAUUCCAGGAGACUGAAACUGAAAAAGAAGCAAAAAGCUCUAUGAGUCCUGUACAAGAUAAAGAAAAGGAAAAAUGCAGUUUAGAUUCUUCAGAGAAACUAGAAACACUGAAAAAAGUUCCAGUAGAUUGGACAGUGGAUACAAAACAUGUUGAACUUUUGGCAUAUCUAUAUGCUGAAGGAUUAGCUGAAAUCCCACAAGAUUUUCUUGAAGUUCAGGCUAAAAAAAGUUUAUUGCACUCUGUAGAAAAUGCUUCGGUGUCUCAAAUGCUAAUCAGAGAAUCACCAUCUGAAAUGAUGUUUGAUGACUUUACAGUUCAGUUACAUACAAGAGGGCUCAUAGAAGUUCCUUCAGCGAUUUUUGACACAAAGAAGUUGAAGUUUUUGAAUUUAAACAAUAAUGAAAUAAAGACCCUACCACAAGAAAUAAGGUUGUUGAAAAACCUGGAAAUACUAUGUAUGGAAGAAAAUCAGUUAGCUUCAUUACCUCCUGAAAUUUGUCUUCUUAAAAAACUUAGGACUUUGAAUCUCAGUCAUAAUCAAAUAUCAUCAUUGCCACAAAAUUUUUCUGAACUAUCAAGACUCAGAUGUCUUUUGCUCAGUUAUAACAACAUUGAAAAAAUCAACUUUGCUUUAGAAAAACUUGAAAGGCUAGAAGUGUUAGAUCUCAGUGGAAAUAAUGUGACCCUCCCAGACUCAAUAUCUACCAUGAACAAAUUAAAUGCACUCUUUUUACAUUCCUGUAGCAUUUCAAUAUUCCCAAAGAUGGUCUGUUACAUUCCAAAUCUAAAUAAGCUUAUUUUGUCAGAAAAUCAGAUCCAAAGUUUACCAAAAGAAGUCAAAGAACUCAAAGGUUUAAAAGAGUGUUCAUUAAGUAACAACAAGCUUACAUUUUUGCCUGUGCAGCUUUUUCAGUGGUUACAUAUUGAAAAACUGAGGUUGGAUAACAAUCAAUUAGAAAGUCUUUCAGAUAAAGUGGAAAAGCUUGAAAAGCUUUGUGACCUUAAUCUUUCUAAUAAUCUGUUAAAAAUAAUUCCUGAUAGUCUUUGCAACUGUACCAUGUUAGAACGCCUCAACCUUAAUGACAACCAAUUAAGACAGAUUCCUUCCAGUCUAUACAGAUUGAAAUAUCUAAGAGAAUUGUAUCUAAGCAGAAACCAACUGAUCUUGUUAGAUGAAAAAAUAGCAUACAUUAAGAAACUCUUAAUUUUAGAAAUAUCAGGAAAUUCAUUAAUGUAUAUUCCUGUUGAAAUAAAAAGCUGUACUGAAAUCAUUAAAAUUGACUUAAGUUAUAACAAAUUGGCUGUGUUUCCACUUGGAUUGUGUGCACUAGCUGCUCUUAAACACUUAAAUCUCAGUGGAAAUUAUAUUUCAGAAAUAACUAUUGACAUUUCAUUUAUUAAAAAUCUGCAGCAUCUAAAUUUUAGUAAGAACAAAUUGCCAUCAUUUUCCAUACACCUUUGUACUCUUUCUAGACUGAGCUAUUUAGACCUAAGUAACAAUGAAAUAAGCACUGUUCCCACAAGUGUGCAUAAAAUGCAAUGUCUCCAGGUUCUGCUAUUAUACAAUAACAAAUUUACUUUGUUUCCCAGAGAAUUAUGUGUUCUAAGUCAUCUAAAGGUUCUUGAUCUUUCUGAAAACAAAAUACAGUUCAUUCCUGAAGAUAUUAAGGAACUAUCAAAGCUAAAAGUCUUAAAUCUAUCAGACAACAAGUUUGCAUCAUUUCCAAAUGAAAUAUGCCAACUUUUAUCAUUGCAGAAGUUAACUCUGAGUCAGAAAAAUGGAUUAAGGUUAAAAUCAUUGACAGAAGAGAUAUCAAAGCUGAAAUCUCUUAAAGAGCUGGAUAUUUCUCACAAUGAAUUACAAGAAAUACCAGAAAGUAUAGGGGACAUACAGAGCUUGGUCACUCUAAUAGCAAACAACAAUUGUUUAACAAAGCUUCCCUCAAGUUUUUCGUCACUCUGUAAUUUGUGUCAUCUGAAUCUGAGAGAAAAUAAGCUUAUAUACUUGCCUAGUGAUAUGCACCUUCUUCUGCAACUAAAGGAUAUAGAUUUUGAUGAAAAUACUCUCAUCAGGCCUCCUCUGGAAAUCUGUAAAGGGAAACAACUGCUCCCCAUCAUACAUUACUUAGAAAAUGCUGAUCAAAGAGAUGAAAAAGUCCUGGAGAAAAUAUUGAAAACCAUUAGUAAAAAUAUUCCUCUUGAACAUUUGGAUUAUUUUUGCCGAAAAAUGCAACUUGACAAUGAUAUAAUUGUAAAUAUUGAAAAUAAGAGAUCAUUUACAUUAGAAGAAAAAGUUGCUGAGGCCUUGAACUCCUGGAAAGCAGCAAAUCAAAAUUUGUCUCCAACUGCUAUGGUAGACCAGUUGAUUAGAAUAUUGAUUAUAUCUGGCCUCUAUUAUCUGUCCAACAAAAUCAAAGCUUUAAAGCUGUGUUCAAGACUGGUAAAGUUUUGAUAAACACUGUAUUUCCAAUUCCAACUUUUGGGCAUAUCUUGAAACUAAAUACAUUUAUCAGCAUUCAA